AUGUUGAACAAUGCCAGCUAUGUCGUCAAAGUUUCGAAAACCACUUCCCAAGCGAGCGAUAAGCACGCCAAACGAGGCCUAAAACAACAGAAUCAGGAAGUGGACCAGCAGACACGUAUUAAGUUAAAGCAAGGCAAAGAUCUUCAGAACCGGCCAGACCCGAGCGGAAAUGAGCUUACGGGAUCAUAUCUUGAUGAGACGCAAAGUCAGAUCGACGGUAUCAUUACCCAUGACAACACAUCCACAACUCAAAAUGCAAGACACAACCACGACCAUGUAACGUCAGGGGAUCACGUUGAUGACAAUAUGCUUACAUCAAUAGUGCAAACCCCAAAAGAGAGCUCCCAUGCCCCGGAUGGUGUUGCAAAUGGCCAGAAGAAGCUACUUGUGAUCGAUGGGCAAGAUCAAUUUCACAAUAUAUCAGGGGACCAGGAGCAUGACAAUGCUGCUCCGACUACAAUGCAGACAUUACGUGACAAGUCAUGUGCGCUUGUUGGUGGCUCUAGUGGCCAGCCAGCGUCCCAGGCCGAUGAAACGCGGGACCAUAUCGGGAUUCCACCAUGCGGUGACGAUCAAAACAAUGCUUGUCCGACGAUGCUGGCUACUUUACAGCAUAACGCAUACGGCUUGGUUGGCGCAUCAAAUAGGCUGACCACAUCACAGGUUCACCGGAACCUCGAUUACCCGAAGACACUGCCAGGCAUCCAAUCUCAUGACAACAAUACCCCCACUAUGGUGACUACCUUGCAAGAUCAGGCCUAUGCACUGAUUGAAGGCCCAGUAGAGACUAUGAAGAAGGACCUCAAUGCGGACAGCCAUGAACUAGCACACGAGGUAGCGGAUGUGCGAGGUGCUAUCCAGAAAGAGUAUCCUAGUGGCGACAAUGCCGAAUUGGCGAGAGACAUUGGUUGGCACAAAGCUAACGUAGAGAUACCCGAUCCGUUGAUUGGUGGUUACACGAACGGAGAGCUUUUUUCAUUCAUCAGACGCUUCAACAAGGAUGUCUUCGAUGUCAAAGCGGUUUCUAUUGAAACUGCAAGUGGUCUAGACCUCAAUGAUGCAUGGUCCCAAGAUCACGCCGGGGAUAAAGUGGCUCUGCAUCUACAACGACUCUAUUUGGCCGUGGUUCUUGGCCUCGCAAGCCUUGGAAAACAAAUAUCCCGGCUCCGAUCCUGGAAGGAGACCGGCCGUACAUCAAUAUUCUGUGCGAUAUACUUCGCUGCAUGGAUAUUUGAUCUGUUGAUGCCGCUUGCUCUUGGAAUAUUGAUUUUGGUGGUGUCUUCGGUACAAGCUCGCAACAUACUCUUUCCAUCAGCACCGCGUGCUCUGGUCAACAUCAGGACAGGCGGGAUUCAGAAGCCCCAAGCAGGUCUGCUAGGUACCAAUGAUACACUCACUGGUGCUCCGGAAAAGCAGCCGCGUGAAGCUAUUGAAGAGGAAGCAGCCAAUUUCGUCAACAACGUCCGACACAAUAUUCAAAGAGCUGUCGGUAUGCACAACAAUCAACAACAGGACGGAGAUGGUGAUUCACUGGAAGGGAAGGUACCCAAGCCUAUCAGCAAAGUGGUUAAAGCCGUCCAAUCUGCAGGUUCUGCACCAGGACAUGUUACUGAGAGUACCGAUCAAACUCAACAACCGAUGGAAGAGAUUAUAUGGGCUGGAGUUAAUCCAGAAAGUAUUGCCAAAGUUCUCGACAUUGCACCACAUGUGAUCGGAGAGCUAGUUGAUAACUGGGAAAGAUUUGUGAGCGCACUUUCACCAACACCGCCAUUUUCUCGAUUUGCAUUUUUCAGAAUAGUCGCUGUUCUUGUCCCUCUAUUUCUGGUAUCCCUUUUCAUCAAUUAUUACAUGGUAUACAAGGGGAUUGGGUUUGUCAUUGGAUUCGUCAUUUUCGGCGAUCCAAUGUUGACACCUGCAGCAGCGUGGCUCAAACGAAACGUGCCCGAUUACAAGGAGCUUGCACAGCCUAAGAACAACAUCCUUCGCGGCGUCCCUACAAACACCCAGAUCGCAAUAACUCUUCUACGCAUCGGCGAAGCACACAAAACGCCUCUUCCUCCUGUACCUACCUCCAACCCCGAUGACCCGGAUCAUCAAAAUAUCAUUGACGCUGAAGAUGUACCUCUCGCUGCCACCAGUUCUGACGUCCUUGAUGCGACCAUGCCUUUAGUCGUUGAGAAAGCCCACGGCGACGAUAAUAAAGAAAAGCCAAACCACAAACAUCUUUCUAGGAUUGUUCGUUUCUUCAAAGGAAAUGCCAAAUCUGUCGUCGAGACGAAACUGGCCGUUGAUCACGUCCGGGCCGCAACUGGCUCGGAGAAGGCGAAAGGUCACUUAGGGGUAUUGCCUAAGACAAAAAGCAUCAUCUAUGCCGGGCCGAGCGAAUAUAAAUGUCGAUUUGAGGGAAAACAUGGCUGGGCAGUCAUCACAGAGUCUGCCAGACCAAGCCUGUUAUUCACGCGCGAUGACCCAAGGCUGAUGAGCUCUAAAAAGCUGGAAUCAGUGUUUGAAAUUGCCGUGAGUGAUAUGAAGCGAGUGAAGAGGGCAACAGCAUUUCAAGCCUAG